GCGAAUAAGUUAGUUACUUUCAGACUGCGAUCGGAUGAUAACUUGAUUUCUCGUGGUUCAAUAUGAUACGAAUAGUCGUUCUUGCCGUCCUGUGUGCGCAUCUUAUGCGCAACGUUCUCGGUGAAGUUAGCCAAUCGUUCAACUCAGUUAAUAUUACAACGGUUGAUCCACUUCGGUAUCAUGCAUUAUCCCUCUUCAAUAAUGAUCAUGGCAGUAGAAAACGCUUGGCUAUUAGGAAAUGCCAGUCUUAUAAUUUUAUCUAUCCGGUAGGUAUUAAUUUUAUCUAUCCGUUGAAAAUAUUUUCUACGGAGGAACCUUACUUCUGUGCGGCGGUUUUUGUCAGCCCAGACUCGCUUCUGACUUCGGCAUUGUGUGUAAAAACUAUGCAGCACGGUGAGGAUCACCCAUCGAAUCAUAUGUUUGCUAUGGUUGAUCGUGAGGAGGUCUUCUUUUACGAACAUGGGCGGCGUUACGUCAGCAAAGUUUUUUAUCACCCCAAAUUCGAAGACGAACCGGCCUACUACAACGUGGCCGUCGUCAAGCUGCGAAACUCUGUCAGAUACGAUCGAGACACUACCGGAAGAAGCCACGUGGCAUGCCUUUAUCCGUAUAAACACAUGAAGAACCCACAAGCGGUGCUCGGUGAAUGGUUCGAGUUCCAGCCGGAGCAAAAUCCAUCCUUCCGUUGGUUGGAUCUUCCGUUCAUCAGCCGGAAAGAAUGCAACGCGGAGCUAGCGAAAAUGAAACGACCCGUUCCGGAGCUGACCCACGGCUUGCAAGAGUCCCAGCUGUGCGUGCGUGAUUCUCACAACAGUACCCUCACACGGUUCUGCGACCCCCGUUCAUCUGGACCGUUGGUGAUGACUCUGGGAAGCACCGUCUACGUGGUUGGUCUCCCUACGGUGCACAUCGACGACUGCACGGUGGAGAUCGAGGUGUUUAAUCGAGUUUCUCACUUCCUAGAUUGGAUUGAAUCGGUGGUAUGGCCCGGGCAGGAGUAAAGAAGUGGUCCAUUCCCCUAAUUAAAAUGAAAUAAUGUUUUGCUCACGGGUGGAACGCAUUUUGAAUGGCUGUUUUUUUUUUGUAUUUUGUGCCUAGUGUAUGAAACACAUCGAAGAUUACCCUCAUCAUCGUAACUUAUUUCGAAAAUCAGAUCAAUUUAUGUCAAGCGCGUCAUUUUUCUAUUCUGAGAAAGAAACAUGAGUUCGGAUUGAGUCAUUUUUCAUUUGAAUGAAAUGGAACUUUUUUGCUGUCUGCUUCGUGAUUGAAUUUUCAGUUCAAUAUGCAUAUCUUAGCAACUAGCAAUCAAUCAGUAGGGGAGAAUUUUUUUCUGUGAUUAUUGGGUUGCUUUUUUUUAGCUUUUCCUACAAGGUCUUUUGGAAGUAUUUAUUACUAUUCUAUCCCUACAUAACUAU